AUGAAUAAUAAUAAUAACAAUAAUAUUAAUAGUAACAUUAAUAGCAAUGUAAAUAGAUAUAUACCAAUUUUAAAUUUAGAUCAAAUAGAAAAAGAAAUAAAAAAUAAUUUUAAAAUAAAUUUUAAUAAUAAUACCGACAUAAAUAAAGAGGAAUGGGAUGACUUUAAUUUAAAGUUUAAAAGGGUGGUUUUUUUUGUAAAAAGAGUAUGUGAACUAUUAUCAUUGUCAUCUUUAGCCUAUUUUCACACAAUAAUUCUUUUUAGAAGAUUCAUAUCAAAAGUACCUUUAAAAGAUUAUAAUUUUUAUUUAGUAGCAAUGUCAUGUAUUUUAAUUUGUGUAAAAGUAAAUCCAUCAUCAAUAAUAGCAAUGAAAGUUCGGGAUAUUUUAAAUAUUUCAUAUUAUAUACUAACAAAUGAAAAAUUACUAAUUAAUGAUGAUUACUACAAUUUUAAGGAUAAUGUAAUAGAUAUGGAAAAAAAGGUUUUAAUUACAUUAGAAUUUAAUAUUUCAAUAUCGGUAGAUAACAGCAUUGGUGUCAAACUUCCCCAUUCAUAUUUAUUUCACUUUUUAUUAUUUUUAGAUUUCGAAAAAGACCAUUUAGUAUCUCAAAUAUCAUUAAAUUUUUUAAAUGAUAGUUUAUUAAUUUUGUUUAUUCAAUCACCCUAUUUCCAACCAGAAGAAAUUGCAUUAUAUUCAAUUUUCCUAUCAUUAGAGUUUACAAAAAAUGAAGGUUUAAAAAUAGACAGAGCCCAACUAUAUAGUUUACUUGGGUUAACCAAUUCCAAUAAUAAUAACAAUGGAUACAAUAAUAACGAUAUUGAUAAUAAAUAUAACAUUUUCAAAAACUAUUUAAAUAAUUUAUAUUUAGAAAUUAAAUUUAGCCCACCCACGAUUACAACAAAUAACGAAAACAAUAAUUUAACAAAUGAUAUAAAUAAUAGUUUAAAUAUAAUACACAACACAGGGUCAGAAUUGAUCCAAAAUUUCUUUAAAAAAUAA